CCAGGACGGCUGCAUUUAUCAUUAUACUUGUUUAAUUGGUUUACGUAUUGCUUCGGGUUAGUGGUCUGUCUUGGUCAUUGUUAUUUCCUCGUGUGCAGUAAUAGAGCAACCUCGUGCUAGCUGGCUCCGUGCCACAUGCUGCCUGAAAGUGAGAAUCGUUAAAAUUACUGUAACGUAAUUUCGUUUUAGAAUUUUUUAUUUGUAAUCAAUUAUCACUGCUCGUGAGUCAUGUGACGGGUUCAUGGUCAAACCCUCUGUAAUAUUAAUGCAUGCCUGGUGGUGAGUAAAGUAGCUUUUUAGUGGGCAAUUAAACAAUAGUUUGUGAUUUAGUAAUAUUGUCGUCAUCUGACAUUGAAAUGAAUACUUUGACUAAUUGCGAUAAUGUUUUCUGGUUUAGUGCCGCAAUUAACCGAACCCACACUACGAGGAAAACAAUGGAACAAUAUACAAAUUAUGGAGUCGCACUAACGAGAGGACGCUGAAAUAUAUGUGUGCUCACGAGCUUGGAAUUUAUUCACAACUUUAGCUCCCCAAAAAUUAACCCUUGAGGAGACAAUCUUCAAGCCAUGAUGACAGCAGGAAGUGAACCGCGUCCCUUACUUAUCGUCGCUCACUGCCUUCUCCUCGUGACCUUGGGGGCGAGAGUGGUCUCCAGUGCGGAGGAAGUCGCCCCCACCUUGAGACGAACCUUCUCGGACGAGGAGCUCGUCAAUUUUUGCUCCACACGCCACACUGGCGCCCAGGCUGUCAAGCCACAUGGCUACAUCCACCCGAUCUACUGCUCUCGGUUCAUCAUGUGCGCAAAGCUCAAGAGUGCUGAGGGCAAGGAUCAGAUCAGCGCGGAAGAAAAAAUUUGUCCCCGUUGUCCAGAAAGCGUAACUAAGCUGGCCAAUGAUCCAAACCAACCUAGCAAGAAUCGAUCAUCUGCAGUUUGUAAAUUUGGACAUCUUCACUUUGACGAAGAGUCACAAACGUGUCGACCCCAAAAACGGCAAUGCAUUCAGAACGAGCUGCCGAGCAACAAUGUUUGGGGCCGGAAGGAUCUCAGCUCCGUCUGUGUCGAUGUUCCGAUUGGAAGCACUCAAACAUUUGCGGAUCCAUAUCAUUGCGGAAAAUAUGUGACCUGCCAUCGAGACAAGGACUACUUUAGGGAUUUGUGGAUUAGUGCGGAAGCCUGUCCGUCCUGCGAGUCCACCACGCCCGGCUGCCCCGACGGCUACAUGCACUACAACCCCAAUGGGACGGACGGACCCCACUCCCUCUGCCAUCUGACCAAUGUCCUCCCACCCGAAACUCCUCCGUGCAACCCAGAUACGAGGAAGACGCAUCCCAUUUCUGGAGGGGGCCCGGAAGUGCUCUCGUCCACCACUCCCCCCAUUCUCGACGUGCUGGAUAACAUCCCAAAAUCCUACGAAGUCUCCGCCGCCAAAACGUUUUGUAUCGAGAAGGAACAGGUGACGAAGCGCUACGCAGUCCCAGACAAGUGCAACUCGUACUUUUUCUGCUAUGCCGACUUAUACGACAGGGACGGGGACAUGCGGCCACUGAACAAAGUGCACCAUUUCCAAUUCAACUGCGACACUUGUUCCGAGAUCCAUUCAGAGUCGGGCGAUUGCAACGCGACGACGGGCGGUGAGACCAACUUUCUCCAGUUUGACUUUGAGCAGCAGACGUGCGUGGUGCCGACGAAUGGGACUUGCCUCCACGACGGGACUUUCAAAGUGAAUGAGGCCGAGGUUCAGGCGGAGAAAGUGGAGGUGGCGAAACACUCCUGGAAGGUGCCCAUGCUGAGCCAGGAGGAGGUGAAUGCCUUCUGCAAGGAGAAGGGCUCAGUCGCUGGCAAUUUUAAGCAUCCCAAGGACACCACGUGUGCCAGAUAUGUCGAGUGUUGGGAGACGAUGGGAGUGUACAAGGAGAAGGCGUGUCCCCAGUGCCACCACAGCUACAAAGGAAACAAGACGGCCUGUCCUGCUGGGCAUUUAUACUUUGAUCCCAGUUCGGGCACCUGCCAACCCGGAAAGAAUGACGCCGCGUGCAACCCCGAAGUUCCGGAACCCACGGUUCUGCCCGACCUGACCACGCCCUCCUCGAUGCAAUACGCCCCCGAGGACAAGGCUGACAUACCACUCGAGGAAAUUUCCGAUGAGCCCGUUCACCCUGACCUCAUGGCUUCCAAAGAGUGCAAUCUCAAAAACUACGUGCAACGUGGCUACUGCAAAAACUAUUUCACCUGCGACAGGAAAACCAGAAUGGAGAAGCAACACACAUGUUCAGGACGUUUGUACUGGAAUCCCGACGUCGGGACGGUUCACGGCGGGGUUUGCGACUUUCUCAGAAAUAUCGACAACUUCACGCUCUACCAAUACAAGAAGGAUCCAGGUUGCCCCCUCAAUCUGGCCUAUUUCCGCGUGGACGAGAAGGAGUGUUCCAACGUUUACUUUUACCACCAUCCUACCCGCACGGAGGGGAAAGAGGUGAAGCUAACCUGUCCGGAAGACUUGUUGUGGUCCAAGGAGGUCCAAACCUGUGUCAAAUGUCAUCAAAUCAUGAAAACGGACGGGGUCACUCCUUGCUGCGAAGGAGGACAGGCGGAGGCGGAGGAUGCAGAUUCGAGGAGAAAAAGGAAAAGGUGAUUGAUUCCGGGGAAAAAACUCCUCAUUUCUUAAACUCUUUGUGUUAAUUGUGCAAUAAAUCAUCUUGAGGUUGAGGUUGGGAAAUAAAGUUUUCAUUGUGAA